AUGGCGAAAUCGACUACCAAGGCGCUGAAUAAUUUUUUCUUCCUUCCAAUUUUCUUUUCCGUGUUUCAUUCUUCCUUUCUUUUUUCUUUCAUUCUUGAGUGCUUUCUUUCUUUCUUUUUUCUUUCAUUCUUGAGCGCUUUCAUUCAUUCUUCAAUUUUUCUUUCAUUCUUUAGUGUUUUCAUUUUUCUUUCUUUUUUCUUCAUUCUUGAGUGUUUUUAUUCUUUCUUUCUUUCAUUUUCUUUCAUUCUUGAUUGUUUUCAUUUUUUCUUUCUUUUUUCUUUCAUUCUUGAGUGUUUUCAUUCUUUCUUUCUUUUUUCUUUCAUUCUUGAGUGCUUUCAUUUUUUCUUUCUUUUUUCUUACAUUCUUGAGUGUUUUCAUUUUUUCUUUCUUUUUUCUUUAAUUCUUGAGUUGUUUUCAUUCUUUCUUUCUUUUUCUUUCAUUCUUGAGUGUUUUCAUUUUUUCUUUCUUUUCUCUUUCAAUCUUGAUUGCUUUCAUUUUUUCUUUCUUUUUUCUUUCAUUCUUGAUUGCUUUUAUUCAUUCUUUCUUUUUUCUUUCAUUCUUGAUUGCUUUCAUUCUUUCUUUCUUUUUUCUUUCAUUCUUGUUUGCUUUCAUUCAUUCUUUCUUUUUUCUUUCAUUCUUGAUUGCUUUCAUUCUUUCUUUCUUUUUUCUUUCAUUCUUGAGUGUUUCAUUCAUUCUUUCUUUUUUCUUUCAUUCUUGAGUGCUUUCAUUCAUUCUUUCUUUUUUCUUUCAUUCUUGAUUGCUUUCAUUUUUUCUUUCUUUUUUCUUUCAUUCUUGAUUGCUUUCAUUCUUACUUUCUUUUUUCUUUCAUUCUUGAUUGCUUUCAUUCUUUCUUUCUUUUUCCUUUCAUUCUUGAGUGCUUUCAUUCAUUCUUCCUUUUUUCUUUCAUUCUUGAUUGCUUUCAUUUUUUCUUUCUUUUUUCUUUCAUUCUUGAUUGCUUUCAUUCUUUCUUUCUUUUUUCUUUCAUUCUUGAGUGCUUUCAUUCAUUCUUUCUUUUUUCUUUCAUUCUUGAGUGCUUUCAUUCAUUCUUUCUUUUUUCUUUCAUUCUUGAUUGUUUUCAUUUUUUCUUUCUUUUUUCUUUCAUUCUUGAGUGUUUUCAUUCUUUCUUUCUUUUUUCUUUCAUUCUUGAGUGCUUUUCAUUUUUUUUUCUUUUUUCUUACAUUCUUGAUGUUUUCAUUCUUUCUUUCUUUUUCUUUCAUUCUUGAGUGUUUUCAUUUUUUCUUUCUUUUCUCUUUCAAUCUUGAUUGCUUUCAUUUUUUCUUUCUUUUUUCUUUCAUUCUUGAUUGCUUUUAUUCAUUCUUUCUUUUUUCUUUCAUUCUUGAUUGCUUUCAUUCUUUCUUUCUUUUUCUUUCAUUCUUGAUGCUUUCAUUCAUUUCUUUUUUCUUUUUUUCUUUCAUUCUUGAUUGCUUUCAUUUUUUUGCUUUUCUUUUUUUUUUUUCAUUCUUGAUUGCUUUCAUUCUUACUUUUCUUUUUUUUUUCAUUCUUGAUUGCUUUCAUUCUUUCUUUCUUUUUUCUUUCAUUCUUGAUUGCUUUCAUUCUUUCUUUCUUUUUUCUUUCAUUCUUGAUUGCUUUCAUUCUUUCUUUCUUUUUUCUUUCAUUCUUGAGUGCUUUCAUUCAUUAUUUCUUCUUUCUUUCAUUCUUGAGUGCUUUUAUUCUUUCUUUCUUUUUUCUUUCAUUCUUGAUUGCUUUCAUUCUUUCUUUCUUUUUUCUUUCAUUCUUGAGUGGUUUCAUUCUUUCUUUCUUUUUUCUUUCAUUCUUGAUUGCUUUCAUUCUUUCUUUCUUUCAUUCUUUCUUUCUGUAUUUUCAAGCUCUAUGUUUCUUAUUCCUUCUCUCUUUCCUUUUCUCCUUUCUUCUCAUGCCUCGCUUUUAUCAAAUUCUCUCUUCUCUCCCGAUUCAUUUUCUCUUCCUUCCUUGUUGAAAUCCUUCUCAUUUUCCACAUUUUCUUCUCCAUUCCUUACUCUCUUCUUCUUUAUAUAUCUUUCCUUUUCUUUUCUUUCAUUUUUCAUUGAGUGGCUUGCAUGGAAGCAUUCUUUUCGUCUUUUGUUUUUCUCUUCAUUUCUUUAUUUCUCUCCUUUUCUCUUUCAUUGUUUUUCAUUCAUUUUCUUUCAUCGUUCCUUUUUCACUUUCGUUUUUUCUUUUUUCCUUUUUAAUUAUUAUAUUUCUUUUCUCUUCUUUUUAACGAUAUUUUCUUUCUUUUUAAUUCGUUUCUCUCUUUCACUUUCUUCUUCUUUACUUACGUUUCUGCCUAUUUUUUACUUUCUUUCUUUUACUUUCUUUUUUACUUUUCUUAUUUUUUGUAUUUCAUUUCCCAUUUUACUCCAUUUUUCUUUCUUUUUCUUUUUUCUUUCUCUUUACUUUCUUUCUUUUCUUACUUUCAGUUAA